UUUGACAUCUGUAAAAACAACUUGAAACUUAACCUAAGAAACUGGAUUGCAAGCUGGUAACAAGAACAUUUAUCGCAGAAAUCUUGCAAAUUUAAGUAAAAUCAAUGCAAAUGGAUUACCGAGAAGAACAAAAAGGCGAGAUAGAAGCUUUAGAAUCCAUAUACUAUGGCGAUUUCGAGGUGCUAGAAACGGAACCCUACCACAAGUUUGCCAUUCCAAUCAAAUCAGAAGAGUUUGAACCAGGUUCAGAAGAAGGCCUAGCUUGUAAUUUAGUUAUAACAUACACUCCUAAAUACCCAGAGGAAGCACCUAUCGUAGAAAUAGAAGACGCUGAAAACUUUGGGGAAGGUUAUGAAGACAAGCUGUUGGAGUACAUUGGAGAACAAAUUAAGGAAAAUCUAGGUAUGGUGAUGGUUUUCACAAUAGUAUCGACAGCCCAAGAGUGGCUAAAUGAAAAAUGGGAAACUAUGAAAGAACAGAAAGAUGAAAUGGCAGCACGAAAACUCAAAGAAGAAGAGGAAGCAGAGUUGAAACGUUUUGAGGGUACUAGAGUUACAGUUGAGACUUUCAUGAAGUGGAAAAAGUUGUUUGAGGAUGACAUGGGUAUCACAAAGAAAAGAGAGAUUGCAGAAAAGGAAAAUAAGAAAUUAACUGGUAGAGAGUUGUUUAUGAGAGAUAAUACAUUGAAUGAAUCUGAUCUGAAAUUCUUAGAUGAAGGUGAUCAAGUGAAAGUGGAUGAAUCACUGUUUCAGGAUUUGGAUGAUUUAGAUUUGGACGAUGAGGAUGAUGGAGAUUUUGACCCAGAUAACUAUAAUAGUGACAGUGGGUCAUCAACAGCUUAAUUGUAAAUAAUUUAUUUUUAUUUUUUGUAUAGGCCUUUAUAUAUAAGAAGUAAAUUUUCUGAUGAUAAUUUUGUAU